CCCGAUGAUUCAGUCGAGUUUCGAGCGAGCUGAUGGACGCACGUGUGGCGCGGUGGUUGAACAAGAAACUGAAACAGAGACAUCAACUGAAAGCGAAAUCGAAACUCCAGAAAACGAGCCAGAAAUCAGCGUGGAAAACGUGUGAAAAACUAAGCCCGAACGAAGUGUUGCAUUGUGUGAGAAACAUUUCAGAUCGGAUCCGGAAAAUACCAAGUGAUUGAACCAUUAUCGUGGCAAGCCACUUCCCUUGCGGUGCGUCCUUGUUUUAAGAUCUGUCUGUGCGGUGCGUAUGGCUAGUGGCCGGCCGGCCGGUCCACAAGUGUAAAUGCCAGGCGGCGCCUUUUUAUGUGCAUCGGAAAACCUUUAAGCUACUUAGAUGGAUGGAUCGGUGUGAGGAGGCGGUGGCGACGACUGCGACGGCGUCGGUGGCGGUAACUGCAACAUCGACGCUUCUCUUCAAACGGGUUUUCGAUACGCCCGAUCAUCGGCAGGGGCUGGGCAGGGGGCAAAUCGAACGCCUGGGACUGGGAUCGAACGCCUUCGUGUGGCGCGGCCUUUUGAUGUUCCCUAUUUGAUCAGCGAAUGAACCAAGAAAGAGCCACUGGCUAAACGUUUUCCAGGAAGCCAAAAAAAAAAACACAAGCCACAAGGAAAAUUCAGCCACAAAACGCACAUCCACAGCGGCUAAAUAAAUAAAAAAUCUUUUGCCGAUGAAACAACACCAUAACCGUUUGAAGUGCCAAUGUGAAAAUAUUUCGAAUGAGAAUCAGAAUCAGAAUCGGAAUCAGUCCAGCUGCAAAGAAAGCAAAGAAAGGAGAGCUCCCAACAUCAGAAUCGGCAAAGGAAACAAAAAUGUAGGAGCGCGAUAGAACCAAGUGGAAAUCAAACGAAAAGUAUUAAGCAGUCCAAAAUAAGUUUACGAACAAAAGCAGCAUCAGAAAUUGUAACCCAAAUUCAUCCAGUUAUCAAAUACAUAAUCUCAAUUAUAAAACACAUUUCGGCAUAAGGCAAUCGGAAUAUAAAUAUAGAAUUUUCAACAAUUUUUAUACCACAAAAAAUUAUAUAAAAAACCAGUUUUGUAUUACCCAAACAACAGAAUAUUGAAAACUUUUUUAAAACUAUAAAUAAUUAACUAUAAAGUAAUAAAUAUUUUAUGAGGUAGAAAUCUAGAGUUUAGUAAUUUAUUAAACACACACAAAAAGUACUUACGAUAGCAACACAACAUAAAAUCAAGAAUAUAUCAAACGACAAACACGCCAAAAAGUAGACUAUAGAAAACGCAUUUAGAAAAUCAACAAUCACCAACAACAAAUACACCAAUAACCAAUAAACAAUAACCAGUGAAAAUGCCAUCAACUGCGAUAAUCUUUGUGGUGCUGAUCCUCUGUCGCCUGGGGCUCUGCCAGGUGCGGAGUGAGGAUCAGCUGCUUAUGGGAAAUGGCAACCUGGAUAGCAGCCCUAAUCUGGGACAGCACAGCCAGCACCAGCACCAGCAUCAGCACCAUCAGCACCAGAGCAGUGGCAUAAACAUGAACCACAACAGCACAUUGCUGAACACCCUGAUGGGGGGUACCCAGGGCGUGGGAUCCGGCGGAGGGGCUCUGAUCAAUCAGUUGGGCGGACUGGCAGGCCUCGGCAGCAGUACAUCUAGUGCUCCCUCUGUGGCGACAGGUGGAGGCGGCGGCGGAGGUGUUUCUCCCUGGCACACAGGAGGAGGAGGGAUGCCAGGUGGAGGCGUAGGAGUACCAACUCAUGGAGGCGGUGGCCACCCACAUGGACAUGCCCUGGCUGGACUGGCAAACCUUGGCAUCAUUGUGCCCGGAACCAAAGGAUUACCCGCCAAUCUUGGAUACGGCGGAACAAUGCUUAAUGCAGGACUGCCAGGUGGAGUGGGCGGCGGCGUUGGAGGAAUGCUGGGUGGCGCCGGGAUGAUGGGAGCUGCCUCCAGCAAUGGCAUGGACAUGCAGAGCCUGUACAACGAACACUUCAUUUCGGAGCACACGGUAAUGGCUGUCUUCACCUCCCAGGGACAGGUGGGGGGACCGUGUCGGUAUAUGCCUGCCACGAGGCGGCAGAACCACCAGUGCCGAAAGGAGACAGGCCUGCCGGGGACCCUCAGCGAGGCGCGUCGCCUGGCCACCAGCCACUGCGAGGAUCAGUUCCGCUACGAUCGCUGGAACUGCUCCAUUGAGACGCGUGGCAAGCGAAACAUCUUUAAGAAGCUGUACAAGGAGACGGCCUUUGUGCAUGCCCUGACAGCGGCUGCCAUGACGCACUCCAUAGCCAGGGCCUGCGCCGAGGGAAGGAUGACCAAGUGCAGCUGUGGACCGCGAAAGCAGAACCGCGUGGACCAGGACUUUCAGUGGGGCGGCUGCAACGACAAUUUGAAGCAUGGCAAACGGGUGACGCGUAGCUUUCUCGAUUUGCGCGGAGGCGAUGGAGACGAAGUCAGUGAGAUAUUGCGACAUGACUCUGAGGUCGGCAUCGAAGCCGUCUCCUCGCUGAUGAAGGACAAAUGCAAAUGCCAUGGCGUCUCCGGCUCCUGUUCAAUGAAGACCUGCUGGAAGAAGAUGGCCGAUUUCAAUGCCACGGCCACGCUGCUGCGACAGAAGUACAACCAGGCCAUACGCAAAGCCCCCAAUCAGCGGACCAAGCGCCAGAUGCCCUCGAGUCGCAAGAAAAAGCCCAAACAGCGACGCAAGAAACCUGCCCCUUAUUUGUAUGCCAAACAGCCACAGCAAUCACAAUAUACCACACUGUACUAUCUGGAGACCUCGCCCACCUACUGCUCGGUCACCAAGGAUCGCCAGUGUCUGCAUCCCGAGAACUGUUCGAAUCUGUGCUGCGGCAGGGGCUACACCACGCAGGUCUUCAAGCAGGUGGAGAAGUGUCGAUGCCGGUUCAACAACGGACGGUGCUGCCAGCUAAUUUGCGACUAUUGUCAGCGAUAUGAGGAUAAAUACUUUUGUAAAUAGGCUCGCUAUAUAUGUCUCUCCUCCUAUCCUCCUAUCCUCUCCCCCUCUUUUUCUAUCCAACCAACCUAUAUCUCUCUAUAUCUACAUCUCUCUCUCUCUCCCUUUGUGCUUUUUGAAAAUGUAAUUUGUAAAGUUUAUUUCCAUCAUUGCUUGUAAUUUUAUUUCCAUUCCUAACUAAGAAAACAAGAAAAUAUUAAUGAAAUGAUAAGCAAAUGAACGAAAAUGAUAUGUAAAACGCGUGUAAAACGCACCAAAAAGUAGGCUCAUCCAAACACUCACACACAUACACACAUGCCCAUGCAAAUACAUACUCACAUACAUGCAUACAUCUAUCUAUAUAUAUAUAUAUAAAACCCACUAUAUAGUAAAAA